CUUGACAAUCAGCUGAUUGUGACAUGACUUUGCUGUCACACAUAACCUUUGUUUUUAUUUUGAUUUAGCUGUGGGAUAUUUGAUAUUAUUGAAAAUGUGUUAUUGGUGUCUUUAGAAAGAUUGCGGUGUUGGAGCGGUUUUACUACCACCAGAUGAAGGCUUUCAAAUAACAUGUAAAAAAUAAGUUAUUUUUUUUCUGUGAAUUUAAUUCAUAUAAAAAGUCGAACAUGGAAUUAUCAGAGAAGUAUGCAGAUGUUUCCAAAUACAUUCCAACGUUGAACGACGAAGCUUUCAAAAAAUUAACGCAAAACUGUAUUUCUUACCUUACUGAGAAUGGAGAGAUACACAACCUAAGUUCAAUAUCUGCUGCCAAAGGAGACAUAGUCAAAUACCUGUAUGCCUUUUUGUUAACAAUAACAUCACAAUUUGCAAGAAAGAGGAGUAGCAGUGAGGAAAUUGUUAAGCACCUUUCUCACUAUGGGAUUCAUUCUGCUAGAGCAGAAUGGUAUGCAGAUCAAUUUAGAAAACAUGACAAGAUGCUAACAGGUGUUUUACUAAAUAUUGGGACAUAUUUGCCUCACAUAGUUGAUAUCAGGUGGAAGAUGGCCUUUACUGUAAAAACAUUGAAACUAGAUGCUGUAGAUGGACCAGUAUUUAUGAUAUUAUUAGUAACACAAAAAUAUGACCUGGCAAAAGAAGAAACUGUAACAAAAGAGAUUGCAUUUAGGUGCACUGUGAAUGAGUUACAAGACUUGGUUUUUAAGAUUAAGGAUGCUGUGCGACAUUGUUCUGUUUUAUCUAAGGGAAUUCUUUAGUUUUAGUAGAUUCAUUAUGCAUAAUCUAUAAAGCUUGCCUAAUAAAAGUUAUUUUAUUUGCUAAUUGUGUCUUUUGCUGGUAUGCCUUUUUUGAAUUUAACAACACAAGCUGCUUGUGAG